AUGGCAGGCAAUGCUCGAUCGCGCGACUAUUCCAACGGUGUCUCGCUCAACAGCAACGGCACCGACGCCGAACUCUCCCGCCCAUCUCCAUGGGGGAAAAACAUAUGGAACGCCCCAAUCGGCACAUUUCCGCUUGGCCCCAAAGGCAGAGACAACUCACGCCCUCGAGAGAACGGUGCUGCCAUAGGUACCCCCGCCGACCUCGUUGAAGGCAAGACUGGCUCUGGCUCCCUCCUCACCAACUCAGAGACCGAAUGGAGAUCUGCCGCCCGACCAGCGUGGGGCGAGACGGCAUCUGGAAGCAUACCACAUGCAAGAAGCUCCGGUGCCUCACCAGCACGGAAGCGGUCCAUUGCGCAAGCACAGCCCGUUCAGCAGUAUAGCGACAACUCUCCCUCUGCCUUCUUCUCUUCCGCAAGAGGCUCGCUCGCAGGCCAAGGCUCACAAGCAAAGCCAGUGAAGCCAUUCCUUGACCCCACUACCUCCAACUUCACAUCACACCAGAUUGAGUCGCUCAACACUGGUUUCACCAAUUUCGGUUUUGGCCAGACAGAUGUCAACUCCCAGCGCCCUGACACUGGCGUCACGUCAUGGCCAGAUACUGGUUCUGUUCACUCCCCAAACGACGACCGCCGGAGCAUAGCAAAUUCAGAGUACUUUGCAUCCUCGAGUGGAGCUCCCUCACGAAAUGGAAGCUUGCCUCCAUCUCGACAUGGUGGCGAACCAGCGCAACUCAGCCAGGCUGCGGAUGCGUUUUCUAGGUUCACUCAGCCUUCCCGUCAAGCCUCGUCCUUCUCCAUGGCUAGUGGUCGUGCCUUCAACGAGCGAAGCGGUUCAAUACAAAGCGAGUCAUUCCACACGCUCGGAAGGCUGAACAACGACCAAGAGCAAGAUGCGCGCAUGGGACCAAAUAGGUCCUUCAGUAUCAACGCUUUCACGCCGGCACACACACCCGGGCAAGACAUGAACGAUGCGCCCACGGGUUCGUACACUCCAGAUGGUUAUCCUAACGCCCAGCUCAACAACCAACACCCUCAGCUACGAUCCUACCAGCUUGAUAACAGUCGAAGCGCACCCAACGGCACUGGAGUUCGUCAAAGUCCAUUCUACUCCCACAUGAACACACCACCUGUGUAUGAUCGUCUCAACCCCUACACUAGUGAGCAAAUGCUCGCUCAUCCCAACAGCGUCACCCAGCUACAGAACAAACUGGCAGGAUUCCAGAUAGCACAACAGCGCAACUACAUCUCCCCGAACCAACUUCAUCAGCAGCAGUAUCAGAACAUCUUCCCCACGGCUCAACUGCAGAAUCCAUACCAGUACCAGUAUGGUCUCCCGAACGGUCUACCUCUGUCCGCUAUACCGCAACACAUGAAUAUGGCUUCAAUCUCACCCAUGAUGUCUGUUCAACAGUGCCCAUCUCCGCCCAGAGGUCCUCGCGAGCAACAGGUGGGUGAUGGCCUCGGCGCAAUGAGUCUUGAGCUGGCCAAUUUCAAGAGAGAGCAGAAGCAGAGCAAGCGCUGGGAGCUCAGCGACAUCAAAGGCCAUGUGGUCGAGUUUGCCGGAGAUCAACAUGGCUCUCGCUUCAUCCAGCAGAAGCUCGAAUCUGCCAACAGCGAGGUCAAGGAGAGCGUCUUCAGGGAACUUGAAGAGAACGCGCUGCAGCUUAUGCAGGAUGUUUUUGGCAACUACGUCAUCCAGAAAUUUUUCGAGCAUGGAGACCAAAUCCAGAAAAAGAUUCUGGUAGGAAAGAUGAAGGGUCAUGUACUCGAGCUAGCGAACCAGAUGUACGCUUGCCGAGUAGUUCAGAAGGCACUUGAGCAUGCACUUACUGAGCAGCAAACCGAAAUGGUCAAGGAACUCGAAAAGGACGUUCUUAAGACUGUGAAAGACCAGAACGGCAACCACGUCAUCCAGAAGGUUAUCGACCGGGUCCCGAUACAAUACAUUCAGAAAGUGGUCGAGGCUUUCAGAGGCAACGUUGGCGUACUCUCGGUAAACUCUUACGGAUGCCGUGUGAUCCAAAGAUUACUUGAGAAGGUACCGGAGCCACAACGGAGGUUUAUCCUGACUGAACUUCAUGCCGAGGGACCCAAACUCAUCACCGACCAAUACGGCAACUACGUUACCCAACAUGUCAUCGAGCAUGGCUUGCCUGAAGACAAGGCGAAGGUUGUCGCUCUUAUCAAGGCGCAGUUCCUUAUGUUCUCGAAGCACAAGUUCGCCAGCAACGUUGUUGAGCAGUGCCUAAAGUGCAGCGACGACGCUCAACGUCGUGAGCUCGUAGCAGUCAUUCUUGCGAAGAACGAGCGAGGCGAGCCGAACGUCAUGAACCUUCUCAGGGACGGUUACGGCAACUACGUCAUCCAGAAGAUGCUGGACACUCUCAACCGUGAUGACUACGAGAAGUUUGUGCAGGCACUCAAACCCGAGCUCGAGAAGGCCAAGAAAGUCAUUCCUGGCAAGCAAUGCGUUUCGGUCGAGAAGAAGAUGUUCCGCUACGAUCGCAUCGACUCUCCGACUAUGCUCACACCAUCUCUCAGCAGCUCCGCACAGUCACUCCAGAGCAGCUCCCACCCCAGCACGAACAACUCCACCAUCGACGAAACCGUACAUAGCGCGCCUGUAAACGGAAAAUACAACGCCGCCAACGCCACAGGCGGUGUCAGCAUCGAAGACACUGUUUGA